AUGGCGGUUACAUUUCUCACGGAGCUACAAGCCUCUGGUGGUCGCGAUGUAGAGAAAACCACUGCAUCGGCCCAGCCUGCAGCGGAAGUGCGCGACGAUCCUAAGAUAGCGUCGGAUUCCGACUCGUCGCAUAUGCAGGAGGGCGUCAAGCGCGUGGAGGCUAUCACGGCCGUCUGGUCCCGGAACUCGCUAUGGUCCACUUUCGCCUUUCUCUACCUCGUGUGUUUCGUAUCCGCCCUCCUGUCCUCCGUCGACGGCGCCCUAUCACCAUACGUCACGUCCUCUUUCUCCCGGCACGGCCUACUCGCCACCAUCAACGUCGCCGCGCGCGUUAUCGGCGGCGUCGUGACGCUCAGCCUAGGCAAGAUCAUGGAAAUCCGGGGCCGCAUGGAGGGGUUUGUCGGGGCGCUAGUCCUCAUCACCGUCGGCAUGACCAUGAAAGCCCCCUGCCAGAACGUCGAGACCUACGCCGCGGCGCAGGUGUUUGCGUGGGUCGGCCAUGUCGCGCUCGGCUUCGUCAUCGAUGUCUUCGUGGCCGAUAUCACGACGCUCAAGAACCGGACGGUUAUUUUCGCUAUCAAUUCGACGCCGAACCUUGCUACGACCUUCGCUGGCCCGAAGAUCGCGGGGCUGUUCUAUGCGGAGGUUAACUUUAGGUGGGCGUUCGGUGCGUUUGCGAUCAUAGUGAUUGUGGUGUCGCUCCCGGUCAUCGCUAUCCUCAGCUUUCAUGAACGGAAGGCGAGGAGGCUGGGGUUCAUUCGACCGAAAUCGGGGCGCACGACGUUGCAGUCGGUCUGGCAUUAUACCAUUGAGUUUGACCUUGUCGGCGCCGUACUCAUAUCAGGGGGCUUUACUCUGACCACUCUCCCAUUUAGUCUCGUACGAUCGGCCAGCCACUCAUGGCAGAGCGCCAGCAUCAUCGUUAUGAUAGUGAUGGGAGUAGUCGGACUCGUCGCAUUUGCGAUCUGGGAAAAAUUCUUCGCCCGGGUGAAGUUCUUCCCCUUUGAGUUUUUACAAGACCGGCCCUUUCUAGGUGCUGUGAUGUCGAACUUCGUCGUCUUCAUGACCACCUUAAACAUCCACUAUACCGGCCAUGUAAAAUAUCCCGCUUUGGCAGCAAUCCCAAUCUACCUCUUGGGCACAUCCCUGAUCGUCUAUUUCAGGGUGCCCGGAGCGUACGUCGGGCGGAAGAUGGUUAUUGUGGGUUCUGCGCUUAUUCCGUUGACUAUUAUCUGUGUUGCUGUGUGGAGGAAUAUAAACGUGAAGGAGCUGGAAGAGGAUGAGAAGAGGCAAAGGGGUAAUGUGUUCUAG